AUGGCUCUUCCAAAUUUGGAUAUGGAUAUCGACCUGAUGGGUGCCCAGCCCGCUCUGUUCAAGCUUUAUACCCAACUUGCCUUCUUCUUUCCGCUGUCGGAGGCAGUCGCAGCGUCCCAGCACCAGGUAACCGCGAUCAUCACCGCAGGAUUGGCAGAGCUAGCAAAGAAUUUUCCGUGGGCUGCUGGUCAAGUCGUCAACGCAAAUUCUGAUCCCAAAGCUGCGCCCCUUUACAAGAUCCGGCCGUAUGAACCGGUACCGCAGUUGAUCGUACGAGAUUAUACUUCCGACUCGGAGAUACCCAGCUUAUCGCAGAUCACAGAUGCGGGUUUCCCGAUGCAGAUGCUGGGUGAGCAUGUCUGGGCGCCGUGUCCUACGCUCGCUGCUUUGGGAUUUGAUCCGAGGAAAGCGUCUGGGAAGGAUGAUCGGCCUGCCCCGGUGAUGCUGGUGCAGAUCAGUUAUAUUCGUGGUGGUAUGGUGCUCUGUGUUAAUCUGCAACAUAAUGUUUGCGAUAUGAUGGGACAGGCGGCUGUUAUAGGCUGGUUGUCCAAAGCUUGUCGAGGCGAGCAGUUCACUGAAGAAGAGCUCAAGGUAGGUAAUAUGGCGAGGAGAGGUGUUGUAUCGCUUAUUGAGGAUGAAUGCUGGUCUCCGGGAACUGAACUGCAGAACCAGCUUUUCCCUCCAGCUCCCACAGUUGGCAAAGAGCCGGAUACCGCUGAGUCGAAGAUUACUGAAGCACCUGUCAAGUCCAGUUGGAUGUAUUUCGACUUCUCGGCAUCAUCUUUGAAGUCACUAAAGGAUCUUGCGACCACCACACUUCCCCAAGACUUUACCAGCUUCAUAUCAACCGACGAUGCCCUCUCCGCAUUAAUAUUCCUCUCCGUUCUACGCGCACGACAACCCCGUCUACCUCCAUCCACCCCAACAACACUCGCACGCGCCGUCGACGCCAGACGCUACCUAAACGUCCAUUCCAACUACCCCGGCAUACUCCAAAACAUGGCUUACACGAGCUACAACCUAUCCACCCUCUUAUCAACCCCGCUAGGCCACAUAGCCGCUACAAUGCGCCAGUCCGUCGACCCCGAGACAUCAGACGUCGCAUGGCGAACGCGCUCUCUCAUCACCUUUCUCGCCCAAUCACCAGAUAAUGCGACGAAGACGAGUCCGACUGCUACCCUCGAUAUGGGCAUUGAUAUUGCGCUUAGCUCGUGGACGAAGGUGCCGGCGUAUGAGUGGGACUUUGGACUUGGGUUGGGGAAGGCGGUUGCGGUGAGACGCCCGGGUUUGGUACCUGUGGAGGGGCUUGUGUAUCUGAUGCCGAAGAGCCCUGAUGAGAGUGUAGCUGUUGCGAUGUGUUUGCGAGAGGAGGAUUUGGAGUGUCUGGAGCGGGAUUUGGAGUGGCAACGUUUUGCCAAGUACGUUGGAUGA